AUGGGCUUGACGGGCACGAAGCGGAAACUUCCUUUCGGCCCCACUCCAGCACUCACAGUCACGCCGGCAGUGGAGGCUCCCCUCCCCUCCCCUCCCAUGGCGGCACCGCCCCAACCCCUCCAGGCCUCAUUCCUCUGCUCGCUCGCGCUCGCGCUCCUCCGCGCCGGCCGCCUCUCCGCGGCCUCCCACGUCGCAUCCACCCUCCCGGCCGCAUCCCCUCCCGCGGCCCUCCUCCGCCGCCUCAUCCCGGCCCUCGCCUCCUCGGGCCUCGCCGCCGCCGCCGUCCGCUUCCGCCCCGUCCCCGGCGACCCGCUCUCCCUCAACUCCAUCCUCCUCUCCCACUGCGCCCUCCGCUCGCUCCGCCCCGCGCUGGCCCUCCUCCGCGCCUCCGAGUCCGCGGACACCGUCAGCUACAACGUCGUCAUCUCGGGCCUCACCGAGCAGGGCCGCCACGGGGGCCUCGCCCCGGCCCUGCUCGCCGAGAUGUGCAAGCGCGGCGUCCCGUUCGACGCCGUCACGGUCAACACGGCGCUUGUGGCGCUCUGCAGGGAUGGUCAGGUGGAGGGAGCGGCGGCGUUGGCUGAGAUGAUGGUGAGAGGCCGGGAAAUCCACAGGUUGGAUGUGGUGGGCUGGAAUGCUCUCCUUGAUGGGUACUGUAAGUCGGGAGACAUGGAGGCGGCGCUGACGGCGGCCCAGAGGAUGAGGACACAGGGGGUGGGAGUUGAUGUGGUGGGGUACAAUACCUUGGUUGCCGGGCUCUGCCGGGCCGGCGAGGCUGAUGCUGCACGGGGCAUGCUGGAGACGAUGAAGGGGGAUGGCGUGGAGCCGAACGUGGUGACAUACACGACGUUCAUCGCUGAGUGUUGUAGGACGAAUGCAGUUGAUGAUGCCUUCAGUCUGUAUGAAGAAAUGGUGAGGAUGGGUGUCCUGCCGGAUGUGGUCACACUCAGUGCUCUUGUUGAUGGGCUUUGCAGGGCUGGACGGUUCUCAGAAGCGUAUGCACUUUUCAGGGAGAUGGAGAAGAUUGGGGCUGCGCCGAACCAUGUCACCUAUUGCACACUGAUUGAUUCACUGUGGAAGGCGCGGAGGGGCAGUGAGUCGCACGGUCUAUUGGGGGAGGUGGUCUCCAGAGGCGUGGUCAUGGAUUUGGUCAUGUAUACAUCUUUAAUGGACUGGUUGGGCAAGCAAGGGAAGAUCGAUGAAGUGAAGGACAUGUUUCAUUGUGCCCUGUCGGACAAUCAUACUCCCAAUGGUGUUACUUAUACCGUACUAAUCGAUGCACUCUGCAGAGCUGGUAAUGUUGAUGGGGCAGAGCAGAUGUUGUUGGAAAUGGAGGAUAAAUCUGUUCAUCCAAAUGUAGUUACGUUCUCAUCAAUCAUCAAUGGUCUUACUAAACAAGGAUUGCUUGGCAAGGCGGCUGAUUACAUGAGGAAGAUGAAGGAAAGGGGCAUUGAUCCAAAUGUUGUGACCUAUGGAACAGUUAUGGAUGGCUUCUUCAAGUGCCAGGAGCAAGAAUCAGCUCUUGACUUGUACCAUGAAAUGCUGUGUGAGGGUGUGGAAGUUAAUAAAUUUAUUGUUGAUUUGCUGGUGAAUGGUCUGAGGAAAAAUGGGAAAAUGGAGGAAGCUGAAGCAUUGUUUAGAGAUAUGAAUAAGCGUGGUAUGCUGCUAGAUCAUGUGAACUAUACCACUUUGAUAGACGGGCUCUUUAAAAUGGGUAACAUGCCGGCUGCUUUCAAAGUUGGUCAGGAGUUGACGGAGAGAAACUUGUCGCCUGAUGCUGUUGUCUAUAAUGUGUUUGUCAAUUGCCUUUGUAUGCUUGGGAAAUCUAAGGAAGCAGAAUCAAUUUUGAAAGAGAUGCAAACUACAGGUUUAAAACCUGACCAAGUCACAUAUAAUACUAUGAUCACUGCACAGUGCAGGGAAGGGAAGACUGCCAAAGCUCUAAAACUCCUGCAUGAAAUGAAGAGGAGUUCCAUAAAGCCAAACCUCAUCACAUACAGUACACUUAUUGCGGGUCUUUUUGAGGUUGGGUCUGUCGAGAAGGCGAAGUUUUUGUUAAAUGAGAUGGCUUCUUCUGGAUUCUCUCCGACCUCUCUGACUCAUCGAAAGGUGCUGCAAGCAUGCUCUCAAAGCGGGAGACCAAACAUGAUUUUGGAAAUUCAUGAAUGGAUGGUGAAUGCUGGGCUUUCUGCUGAUAUCACUGUCUAUAAUACACUUCUGCGUGUUUUGUGUUAUCAUGGAAUGACAAGGAAAGCUACAGUUGUCUUGCAAGAGAUGUCGGGAAGAGGAAUUGCCCCAGACACCAUCACAUUCAAUGCUCUAAUUCUUGGUCAUUUCAAGAGCACCCAUGUAGACAAUGCCUUUGCUACUUACGAUGAGAUGCUUCGCCAUGGGGUCUCACCGAACAUAGCUACAUUCAACACGCUCUUGGGUGGGCUUGAGUCAGCUGGAAGAAUUGGAGAAGCAGAUAAGGUGCUGAAUGAGAUGAAGAGAAGGGGCAUUGAGCCCAGCAAUCUGACUUAUGACAUACUGGUCACAGGACAUGGAAAACAAAGCAACAAAGUUGAAGCAAUGCGGUUGUAUUGUGAAAUGGUGGCUAAAGGCUUUCUUCCAAAAGUAAGCACAUACAAUGCACUCAUAGGUGAUUUUGUUAAAGUUGGAAUGAUGAGUCAAGCUAAAGAGUUGCUCAAUGAAAUGAACAAGAGGGGUGUUCCACCCACAUCCUGCACUUACGAUAUUCUUGUGAGUGGAUGGGCAAAGCUUAGAAAUGGAACAGAGGUGAGAAAAUUGCUCAAAGAUAUGAAGGAUAAAGGAUUUAGUCCAUCAAAAGGCACUCUUAGUUCUAUAUGCAGAGCAUUUUCAAAACCAGGAAUGACCUGGGAAGCUCGGCGUUUACUUAAAAAGCUGUAUAAGGUUUAGGAGUGCCAAGCAUUGAUUCCUCAUCUACCAAGCAAGCAUAGAUGGUCUGAUUGAGACUGUUCUUAGUAUGACCGCGGCUCGCGACAGGCCGUCAAACGUGACAAGAAGCUAGUUGCAUAGAUAAUCCCCGAGUCACCUGAUGACCCUUUGAAGGAGUGGAAGAUCAUGAGUUAUGUGAAAAGAUCCCCCACAAGCUCCAAAGGCA